CAGUUCGGUCUCCGGUUAGACAUCGAUCUAGGUCACGAAGCUGGAGUAAUAGUAGGAAUCGGGCAGUAACUUUUCGUAGACACGAUACUAAAAACGACAAUUACUCUGAUAAUAGACCCAUUUAUCGAUGUACCUUUUGCAAUAAAACAGGUCAUACCAAGAAAUACUGUUAUCGACUAAAGAACAGAAGCCCUCGACAACAAAGAUCAAGUGUGAAUAAUGUUGCUUUGCCACAACCAAGUUCAUCCGGACUUUUUAAGAGAUUAAAAAAGGAUCUAGAGUCUGAUAGUGAUAACGAUUUAGACUGCAUGAUGAUUUCUUCGGUUCACAAAAUAAAUGAGCCAUGCUAUGUAGAUACCAUUAUAGAAAGGAAGCGAAUGAAGAUGGAAAUAGAUUGUGGUUCGGCUGAAAGUGUGAUAUCCGAACAACAAUUUAACAGAAAUUUUGGACAUUUGAAAGUUAAAUCGUGUAAUAAACGUUUGGUAGUAAUAGAUGGCAAACGACUGAAUAUUCUAGGAAAAACAGAUGUGAACGUGCAGUUGAAUGGAAAUCAACAGAAGUUAUCACUAGUUAUUUUGCAAUGCAGCAAUGAUUUUGUUCCUUUGUUAGGUCGUACUUGGUUGGACGUUUUCUAUACAGGCUGGAGAAAGACAUUUACCAAACCGUCAAAUGAUUCAGUUCAUGCAGUCAAGGAGGAGGAAGCAAUGGAUGAUAUUAUGAGUGUCACUGGGUGGCAGAACGAUUUUAGCACACAAGCGUCAGCUUAAGCUUACGGAUAACGCUCGUAGAAAAAACCGUCGUUCUUUUCCACAUGGAUCAACAAUUUUGCCUGCAGAUACCACAAACGAUUUUGAACAAGCCAGUUUUGAAGCAACGCACCAUGUUUUAUCACCUUUUUCAAGCGGCAGUAGCAAUAAACGGAGAAGAGAACCAGACGACAACAGUGAAUCUGAGGAUUUUUAUGGGUUCGCAGCAGAUUCUUUUAUGUUCGCGGGGGAGGAGAAUGAAGAGGAUAGAAUAUCCAAUAGCAAUGAAAAACUUAGAAGAUCCAAAAGAUCAUCGAAAAGAAAAAAGCUACAUGACUACAUUUAUUAUUAGUGUUCGAGAAAAAAAGCUGGUAACAUAUAAAUUUUGUUUAAUGAAUUUGUAAGCAUGAAUCAUGCACUCGAAUAUAGAUCUUAAAGCAAAACGAAAUAAUUUAAAAUAUGAAUUGAUUAGUUUGUAACCAAACUUUCGAAAUUAUUAAUAAUCAAAUAGGUUGACUUAGUUCUCGAAAGGAAGGAGAAGUUGUAGUGUAUAGCAAAGUGCUUUUCGAAUAGUCAUGAACAACCCCAAGUGGGAGAGAGUGAGAAUGUGCACAAAGGCACAAGCUCCGGAUAUA